AUUUUUCCACUUUUCGACGCUCGAAAGAAAGCAAAAGAAAAAUUUGAAGAUAAAAAGUAAAUAAAAUAAAAUUCUAAAUUAAGUUUGAUUUAAAAAAUUGUCACAAAAAUGAGCGACUUGGUUGAAGACUUUUUAGCACGCGAGAAGGAUGGACUAGCCGGUUUAGAAGAUGAAAUCCCGCAGGCAUUUCAAGAAAACUCAAAUGAUUUUAAUGACGAUAACGAUAUGAAUUCGUUUGAAGCUUUCGAAAGUAAACCAAUAUCGACAGAAGUACCUGAAAAGAUCAAGAAAUGGCGCGAAGAGCAGCUUCUACGUCUUCAAGAUAAAGAUGCCGCUGAAGAAAAAGCAAAAGAGGCUCUACGUAAACAGGCUGAAAAGGAGCUUGAAGAUUGGUAUAAAAGACACGAGGAAUCGAUUGCCAAAACUAAGACUAUGAACAGAAAUGCUGAAAAAGAAUGCGUCGCAGACGUCGAAGAAAUCGAGCCAGGCACUGAGUGGGAACGAAUAGCAAAACUUUGUGAUUUUACACAAUCAACCAAGGCUAGUAAGUCGAUUAAGGACAAUGCUCGAAUGAGAAGUAUAAUUUUACAAUUAAAGCAAACGCCACUCGAUCGUGAGAAAGCUUAAGACAUAAGUAAUGGGAUCUAAUUAACAAAAUUUAUUUUGUAGUCGCCAUAAUACGAGAAAUAAUAAGAAUAUUAAUAAUUGAUAAAAAUUAAUCGUAUGUAUGAGUAUAUUUAACGAUAAGGACAUGCUUUUUUUGUAGGAAACAAAGAAAUAGAAAAUGACGAACAGGAUGUGAAAGUUUGGGUUACUUUAAAGUUUGCUGAAAAAAUUGGGAAUGAGAACUUUGAGUCAAAAUAAUUUUUAUUUGUUGGGGGAAGUUUUGAACUUAAAAUGGGUUCUGGCAGCAUCCAAGCUACUUUAGGAAUCUGAUUUUGAAUUUUUAUAUCUAAUUGUAUUAAAAGUUAAUGGUAUUUUGGAUAUUGCAGGUUCAGAGGAUCUGAAUGGAGCAUUAGAAAAGAUGCCUAGUUAAUAACUGCGGCUAAAGGUUCACUAGUAAGAAACAUUUUGAAAAAUUCUGUUGAAUUUGCUCUUAGUGGACCCUACAAUUAUUGAUUAACUAGUCAAUAUGACUAAUGUUGCGCUCAAGGCAGUUUUAAUAGUUUUAUGUCAGUCAGCUAGGAUGCUUCAGCUAUAUUAAGUUCAGAUUAGGUAAGAUAGGCUGUCAUAUCUCAGAUUCAGGUCUAUAAUUUAUUUAAACCUCAUCGAGUGAUUCCAAGUUUUCUCAAAAUAAACCAAAACAAAUUUCAAAAUUUAAUGGGUAAAGACUCUUUAUUUUCAUACUUAUCUCUAUAAUCUACUUGAUUAGCUGACACUCACCCAAAACCUCAUUUAUUUUCAAUUCGUU